CGCCUCUGUCCCAAGGAGACAAAAAAGUAUCUUUGAUAGUUGGAAUUGGUACCAACUGUGCUACAACAAAAGCUUUUACAAUCAUGAAACUUUCUCUUCUCGCGUUGACGUUCGCUUUAGGCCAUGCGUUCGUUCCUCCUUCCUUCUUGGCGUCGCCGUCGUCUCGUAAGGUACUGUCAUCCUCGCGAUCGGCGUCGGUAGCGGCCAACGCUGCGGAUGUGUUGGCAAAGACAACAUCUUCUUCCAGCACACCCAGUUCUUUGAUGCCCAAGGAAACAACAGUGGCAGCGGUUCCCAAGGUCGCGCAGCGUUGGCGCAAGUCGACGAAACAAGUCGUCACGCUGGGACCGGCUUCGAGCAACAAGGAAAUGAUUGAAAAGUUGUUUCUCGCCGGGGCCGAUGUCUUUCGUCUCAACUUUUCCCACGGAUCGCAAGAACAAAAGAAAGAACUCCUCAUCAUGAUUCGGGAAGUGGAAGAAAAAUACUCCCAUCCUAUCGGUAUUUUGGGAGAUUUGCAGGGUCCGAAAUUGCGGGUUGGUGAAUUCUCCAAGCCGGAGGGUGAGUUCUUGGAACUCGGUCAGAGCUUUCGCCUCGAUCUGGACAACGCCAAGGGUGACAACAAACGCGUCCAGCUCCCCCACCCCGAAAUCAUCAAGGCAUCCGAGCUCGGGCACGCCUUGCUCGUGGAUGACGGUAAGGUCAAGCUUGUCGUUACGGCCAAGGGCGAUGACUACCUCGAAUGCCGCGUCGAUGUCGCCGGGAUGAUCAAAGAUCGUAAGGGAGUCAACACGCCCGAUUCGGUGCUCGAAAUCAGUCCUCUCACACCCAAGGAUCGCAGUGACUUGGAGUACAUGCUUGGUAUUGGCGUCGACUGGGUUGCGCUAUCUUUUGUACAGACUCCGGCGGAUAUGGUGGAGAUCCACGCCUUGAUCGACGAAAAACUCCCUUCCGGACAAUUCAAGCCCGCCGUCAUGGCCAAGAUUGAAAAGCCCAGUUGCUUCUACGACGACAAUCUGCAACGCAUUGUCGGACUCUGCAACGGCAUCAUGGUUGCCCGUGGUGAUUUGGGUGUGGAGUGCCCUCCCGAAGACGUGCCCUUGCUACAAAAGGAAAUCAUCGACGAAUGCCGCAAUCAAGGACGUCCCGUGAUUGUAGCUACACAAAUGCUCGAAUCCAUGAUUGAAGUACCAACACCGACCCGUGCGGAAGCCAGUGAUGUGGCCACGGCUAUUUACGAUGGCGCCGAUGCGAUCAUGCUCAGUGCCGAAUCCGCCGCCGGAAAGUUCCCGGAAGAAUCCGUCGCUAUGCAACAGCGCAUCAUCAACCGCGUCGAGGGUGACAAGCACUACCGUUCUUACUUGAAACAAAACGAGCCCGAUCCGGAGAAUACCCCGACCGAUGCUAUUAUCACGGCGGCACGUCAAGUCGCGAAGACUAUCGGUGCCAAAUCGAUUGUCUGCUUUUCACUACGAGGUUCGACCGUUCUGCGAGCCUCCAAAUCUCGUCCGGGUGUUCCAAUUCUAGCCCUGUGUCCGUUCAAAGAAACUUCAAGACAGCUAGCUCUCAGCUGGGGCGUUUACUCCGAUCUACCCAAGGCCGGCUCGUACGGAUACACCGUUUCGGAAGAAGACAUGUUCAACUACGACCGACCCAUGGUGGAAAAGAGCACGGAUGACUUCGACCUGGUCCUUAAAAAUGCCUGCCGUGCGGCGUUGAAGAAAGGAUUGGUCAGCGAUCCGGACGAUCUGCUUGUUGUGACGGCUGGCCUUCCUUUCGGUACCCCGGGAGCGGCAAACAUCAUUCGUGUGGUCCCUGCCGCCGGCCCCAGUUGUUGGGACGGCGUUUGCCGUGUCGAUUAAGGCUAAGCUCGCGCCAAAGUUCUAGAAAGUGUUCAUUUUUUCGCAGUCUAUAACCAUAUUUAAAAAUUAAAAGCAAACGUUUGUGU